CCCAGGCGGACCCUGUUUUCCCGUGUUUCUCGUGACUCAAUCAACCCUGGCAGCCCAUCCCGCAGAGCCAUAUCCGAUCUCGCCCUGGCCCGUAUAAAACAAACCACCAAGUAGUCCAUUUUCAUCAUAUUUCUCACUCGAUAGUUUUCCUCAACCCAACGUUAUCCAAGAUACCCCAAUUCCCUUUCACAAAAAUGGCCCCUACCGUCCUUCACCUCCGCAGCGAGACCAAGCACCUCGAGCACCGGUCUGCGCUCACCCCCGCUACCACCGCCGAGCUCAUCAAGGCCGGCUACAUCGUCAACGUCGAGCGCUCCCCAGAGAGAAUUUUCGACGAUGAGGAGUUUGAGAAGGUUGGCGCCACCCUGGUGCCUGAGCACAGCUGGGUCGAUGCUCCCAAGGAGCACAUCAUUGUUGGCCUGAAGGAGUUGGAGGAGAAGGACUUCCCUCUCAAGCACGUUCAUGUUUCGUUCGCCCACUGCUACAAGCAGCAAGCCGGUUGGGAGACCGUUCUUGCCAGAUACCCCCGCGGUGACGGCACUCUUCUUGACCUCGAGUUCUUGGUUGACGAGCACGGUCGCCGUGUGGCUGCUUUCGGCUUCCACGCCGGUUUCGCCGGUGCCGCUCUUGCCCUCGAGGUGUGGGCCUGGCAGCUCAACCACAGCGAGCCCUUCCCCGGCGUUGAGAGCUACCCCAACGAGGAUGCUCUGAUCGCCGACGUCCAGAAGGCUGUCAAGGAGGGUGUUGAGAAGGCCGGCCGUCUGCCCCGUGUGAUCGUUAUUGGUGCCCGUGGCCGUUGCGGCUCCGGUGCCGUCAGCGCUCUCAAGAAGGCCGGCAUCCCCGACGAGAACAUUCUCGACUGGGAUAUGGCCGAGACUGCCAAGGGCGGUCCUUUCAAGGAGAUCACAGACAGCGACAUCUUUGUCAACUGCAUCUACCUCACCAGCAAGAUUCCCAACUUCGUGAACAUGGAGUCCCUCCAGAUCCCCGACCGCCAGCUCCGCGUAGUCUGCGACGUCUCCGCCGACACCACCUCGCCCUUCACCCCCGUGCCCAUCUACACGGUGGCCACGACCUUCGACAAGCCCACGGUUCCCGUCGACGGUCUUGCGUCGGGUCCUCCUCUCUCCGUUAUUUCCAUCGACCACCUCCCCUCGCUUUUGCCGCGCGAGGCUUCCGAGGCCUUCAGCCAUGAUCUGCUGCCCUCGUUGCUUACGCUCAAUGACUGGCAGAACUCGCCUGUUUGGGCGAGGGCGAAGAAGUUGUUUGAUGAGAAGGUUGCUACGCUUCCGGAGAGUGCGCUUCAGAAGUAGAUGUGAUGUUCUUACAUAAAAGAUGGGGUGGAGUUGCGAGAAAGUCAGGACUUAAUUAAGUUCAUGGCUCUUGGGAAAUACGGAUAGAGAAAAAGGA